AUGAGCGUUGAACAUAAAAUUGGAGGAUUUAUAAAUUAUAUACAUGUAUUCGCAGAUAUCGCAGAACGAUAAUUUUAUUUCGUUUUUUUCUAAGCUAGUACAUAAAACAAGUGCAUCACAAUUUAAUAUACACUGGUUCCAGAACUUAACAAAAACAUUGUCCCAGUUUUCUCGGUUCAACAAAGUUUGGUCGUAUCUCGAGUUAAAGUGAUCCUACUUUAAAACGUUUAUUCGUAACACACAUUAUACAUGUACAUAUAACUUCAUCGUUUAACGUAUUAUAUUCUUGCAAGGUACCAUCAGUACAAAAUAUAAGUACAUUCAUAUUUAUAAAAGUACAACGUUCACGUUCCGUCGAAAAAAACGGAAGAAAUAACGUCUCUUAAAACAUCGGAACAAGUAAGGAUUUCAAUAGCGCGCUUUGCGUUUCGAUUUUAUCGUACUUUGAUUUGUAAACUUGAAUCGCUAGCUAAUUCAGCUUCUUUCAUCUAUUUUUUAACUCUAAUAUUCCCGUUACUAGCAUUUUCUCUUUGCUUCAAGCUGGCUCAGAAGUCAAUUUCCAAAGAAACAGGAAUUAUCGGUACGAGUAUCAAAGCGAUCAAUCAACAUUUUCGUGGAAAAGUUUCUCGAAAAAUUUACACGCACGGAAGAUCCUAAAACCAGUCUGGUAAAAGCGUGAAAAUCCUUAAAUCCUAUAUACAUCGAAUUAAAUGUAUUACGUCACAGGUAAAGCGUAUAAUUCAAAACUCUACGUAUUUCUAGGUACUGCAUAGGGCGAAGCGCAGGACGUUUUACCAAUUUAUGAAAUACCCAGAAAUUGUACGGAACGGACACACGGAAGAAGGAAUCGCAGCCUAGUCAAUGCUUCGAUACGGAACUGAUAUCAGGUACUUUGGAAAAUUUGUAGCCAUCGAAUUAUACGCUUUAAAGUCAACUACCUUACGGCUAAUUCUCAAGGAAUGGCUUACAAUUAUCGUCGACAUACACUUGAACGGGACACAUUCGGUAAAACACAAUUUUUUCAGAAAAACGUGGCUCAAGAGAAUCGAGUGUAUGUCACGUAACGAGCGGUAAAACACCUUUCGGUACCAUUCUUGUUCGGUAUAUGCGCAUAUUUUUGUUCGUCAUCGUUUAAAGACGCAACAUCGUAAGAUGGAACGGAUUCGAAAAACAGUCGCAGGUAAAUGUCUCGAUUCCUUCGAGUUUACCAAUUUUCCGGCUACGAUAAAUCUUCUUACAAAAUAAUUAAUCGGUCGCUGGUUGUACUGCAGGCAAUAAUCCAUAGCGGACGACGCGGGGAUUCUUAAACGAUCCUUUAAACUAUCUUAAAACGAAGUAAAAAAGUCGGUAUAAUAGAAAUUUAAAACGAAACGAACGAACAUGAUCCAUCGUUAUUCAUAAUACGUUAUUUUACAACGUAUUUCGUGGACGCAUUACUAUGUAUAAGAACAUCGAAAAAUCUGAAUGCACCAGUGGCGUAACCAGAGGCAGUGAGGGAUCUAACAGUAAGGACUUUUAAGUAGCAACAAGCUUCCGCAAAAAGCUUGCAACACGAGUAUACGAUUUAUCACGUGUAUGUCGAUAAAGGAAUACAGAUAUGUUGCGUGCAAAUACAUACGAUCUAUAACGUCUAAAUUCUUUUUUUACUUUUUCUAUCUGAACGAUAUCGAGUACCUUCCAACGUAUUUUAAUAAGCAUCGAGUCCACUCGCUCUAGUGGUUACGCUAAUGGAAUGUACUCGCAAAUUUAGUUCAAUUGGAUCGGAUUAAGAUACUAUCGUGGAUCGGGUGCUUCGAGCGAAUUGCGUCAGAGAUUGCCAACUUUUUUCUGUGAGCAUUCAAGUUAAUGUGCUUAUGUACAGAAAAAAAGAAAAUAAAAUAUCAAUAAAAAAAAAGAAAAAACUUUCGUAAGAGUGCAAGUUCCGAAAUUGUAACGCUUCCUAUACUCUUUUUAUUUUUAUAAUUAAUUUUUUAUUCGUAUCUUCGCGAGUGACUUUCAUCGAUCUUUUACAAAUACGUAAAAGAUUCAAAUCGAAGGAAAUUUUUGGCAGCAAUCGUAGUGCAAUUCUUUCUCUUAACUGAUUUUUAACAGCAAAGAUUGACGAAGCGAGGUAUGUACCACGGUAAUAUCACAUCGAACGAUCUUCGAUUGAAAACGCUUUUCCCGUGGUGAAUCUUUGCUCAUUCGAUCGUAAAAAUCGUUGCAAGAUCACAGGUCAUUACGGGAAGAACUUGAUCAAAAGAACGCAUCACAGGAACAUCGAGACAUUGAAAAAAUAACAUAUAAUAAAUGUUACUCGCGUGAUUGUACCGAUAGAUACGUUUCGUUACAUCACGUGACUACUAACGCGAUCGCAUUGAAACAACGUCAACUUGUUGCUUCUUUUACUAAUGAUCAUAUGUUAUUAACGUGAUCGAAAACGUGAAACAUGUCGCUACGAGAUUUACAACAUCUCUUACUUCAGGAGGACGUAUUUGAAUCAGUAGUUCGCUAAUAAUGUAACGAGUUUUGUGUAAAUAUACCCGAAGCAAGUGGAACCGUCUUUUUGUACAUGCGCGCGCAAAUAGUUUUCACCGAGAGCACAUUGGGUAUUCGUGGCAGUCGACUACGGUCCGCUGUAAAAGAACGACGUGUUAUCGUUCGUCGCGCAAACUAACCUUGCCAUUGUAGAAUUUAUCUUUGCUCGAAUAAAUUUGCCAAAAUGUUGAGGAUAAACAUAAAUACACGUAGAUGCGAACAUGCUCUCGAUCGUAAUAACAUUGUCGCUGGCAGUGUCGGCCUUCGCGAGCACCGAGAGCAUCCUAAUGACCGAGGUGUUCGUCAUUCCAAUCAAGCCAGAGACUUUCGACUGGAGGGACGAUGGACGAUACGACCAGUUCUCUUAUCAACCCUCGUUACUCAACGCGCCCGAUCUUCCCUCCUGGAUCCACUACACGUACAGCAAACGGGACCACCGUGGUUUCCUGUAUGGCGUCGCGCCAAGGAAUCAGAAAUACUUCCAGCUGGAGAUCGUGGGACUGAACAAGCAUACCUACGAAACUAGAUACAAGGUUCUCGACAUGAACGUCCUCGACAAGGAGAACCUGACCAAGUACGAGGUUCAUCUGAAGAUCGAUAAUUUGAACGUGGAGGACAUGUUCAACCGCAAUAGAACCGAGCAACUUCUCGAUAUAUUUAGAAAGAAGCUGUGGAAAGAAGCGACAGAUAUCUACGCGACGUUCCUAGCGUCCGCGAUCGAGCUGGGUGCUCGUCUGCCUCUGAAACCUAGCGAAGGCGAAGGGGUCGUUAUAAGACUGGGCAGUUCGAUGCCAUUCUCGCAAGAAUUGAACGAACUGCAAGAGGAGGUGAAACCUCUGUGGAAAUUACCGUCCUGUCCUCGGGACUUUAAACGAACCAGCGUGGAAAGAUUAUUCAGGGAGGCUGGAUUUGCCUUGGACUGGUGUUCCUUUAGAUUGGUUGAACAAGAACAACAAAGCGUACAAAGCGAGAGCGCGAGGCGAGGACCAAGUAUGAAUGUGGUAGGUUUACCGGCCUCGGGAAUUUCUGAACACACGGAGUGGCGGUGGGCCAGAUCGACGAAAGCCAGCGUUCCCACGAGAAGCUACUUCAACGAAAUCGUCACCACGAUCUUUGUGCCUACCAUACUGCUUCUCGUGUUGGCUGCGUUGCUCAGCACGGUGUUGUGCCUCAAUCACGAGAAAAUGAACGAUCCCGAAUCUGAAGAAUAUUUCGACGAAUUGUUUAACGUUUUCCUCGCCAGAAACCAGGUAGUCAGAGAAAAGAGAGAGACCUCGUCAGGUGAAGGUGUUAGUAAUAACAACAUACAGAUGGUACAGUAUGCUACCAUUGAAAGAGGAACUCUGAAAUCACUCUCUGCUCAACCUUCCAGUCCUAGUGAUUCUCUGUUACGAAGUCCCAGAACAUCCAGCGAACGCUGUAAUCCGUAUAUUCGGCCAAAUCCGCCACCGUACACAGGACCAACUAAUCUCAUUGGAAUUCGAGCUGAUUUCUGACUACACGAGGAGCCAGCAAAAACGUGGUUUUGCUGAACGAAUAAGCUGUACUAUUGCAAGCUUUGCCGGAAAAAUCGCAAAAUCAUCGAAACUGGCUCCAUUACUUCAAAUAUUGCUGCCGAUAGUUUAGUAAUCGUAGAAAUAAACUAUUUAAUUUUAUGUACAAUUGUAUAAAAAACUGUUUUUUAACCUCGGCUCAUUAGCUAUUUAUCGAUAAAGCAGAUCUCAUGAAUCACUUAACGAAUUGCAAAACACUACAUAUCACUUAAGAAACUUUAUAAUCAUUUAAAUAUAUCUUUACGUAAGAAUAUUAAGUGCAAUCGUAACGCAUAGUGAUAAAUUUAAUAAAAACCUUAAUUUGCA